AUGGUCACACCUCAUGGUCAGCGCUUAUCCCUUCUCUACGGCACUCCCGGCGGCGCCGUGGAAAUCGUCUUUCUCGUCGCCUGCGGUUACCUCGGCGACAAAUAUCGCAACCGCAUCCUCAUCUCCUCGACUGGCAUGAUUACCGCCAUCAUCGGCGUGGCUUUGAUCGUUGGCUUGCCGCUCGAGAACAUCAAAGGACGACUGGCGGGAUACUAUCUAACGCAAGCGAGUCCGACACCGUUUGUCUGUUUGUUGAGUCUGAUCAGCAGUAAUGUCGCUGGAUAUACGAAGAAGACGACCGUCGCGGCGAUGUAUCUCAUUGCGUAUUGCGUGGGGAAUAUCAUCGGCCCACAAACCUUUCGCCCGCAAGAUGCUCCUCGAUACAUCCCAGGCGUCAUCACUAUCUUGGCCUGCUACUGCGUCUGUGUCUGCAUCAUUCUCUUCAUCUACUUCUGGUGUCGCCGCCAAAACGUCCUCAAAGCCAAGAUUCGAGCGCAGCCGGGAUACGAGAAAUUGGAAAAUCAGGAGUGGCUAGACUUGACGGAUCGAGAGAAUCCAGAGUUCGUGUACAGUCUUCAAGAACAGAUCCUCCGCAACAGACGUAUCAUCCGCGCUCUUCAGCAACCUCACGAGACUCCUCCACCUCCCUCCAAUCCUCAUACCACCUCGCAGCCCACCUCUCCAACGAAGCACACCACUCCGCCAUACUCACGCACAUUCCCAGCAUCCCAAAGUUCUCGGGCCAAUCACUCUUGCCUCUGA